AAUGCUUUGAACACAGAUGCGGAGCGGCUCUUCUGCUCUGAGCGGAGCGCCAGUGAAACGAACAGCACCAUGACUGCGAACGCAUACGACGUGAUUGUGAUUGGCGGAGGCAUCUCAGGUCUGAGUGCCGCCAAGUUAUUGGUGGAGAGCGGCCUGAAUCCUGUGCUCCUGGAAGCCAGAAACCGUGUUGGUGGAAGAACCUACACUGUUCAGAAUAAGGAGACCAAAUGGGUGGAUCUGGGAGGAGCGUACAUUGGGCCCACUCAAAACCGCAUCCUGAGAAUAGCCAAACAGUACGGCGUGAAAACAUACAAAGUCAACGAGGAGGAGUCUCUGAUUCACUAUGUGAAGGGCAAAUCAUAUCCAUUCAAAGGGCCUUUCCCUCCAAUGUGGAACCCUCUUGCCUACCUGGACUACAACAACCUCUGGAGGACAAUGGACAAGAUGGGAAUGGAGAUUCCUAAAGAUGCUCCAUGGAGGGCCCCUCAUGCGGAAGAGUGGGACAAGAUGACCAUGCAGCAACUCUUUGACAAGAUUUGCUGGACCAGGGCUGCUUGUCGCUUUGCCACUCUGUUCGUCAAUGUGAACGUGACCUCCGAGCCCCAUGAGGUGUCUGCUCUGUGGUUCCUUUGGUACGUCAAGCAGUGUGGAGGCACCAUGAGAAUCUUCUCUACCACCAAUGGAGGCCAGGAGCGCAAGUUUGCCGGAGGUGCCAAUCAAAUCAGUGAGGGGAUGGCGAGAGAGCUGGGUGACCGUGUGAAGCUGGGCAGAGCUGUCUACAGCAUUGACCAGACUGGAGACCUGGUGGAGGUCAGGACAGUUAAUGAGGAGAUAUAUAAGGCCAAAUAUGUUAUACUUGCCAUACCACCAGGCCUGAACUUGAAAAUCCAUUUCAACCCUGAACUACCGCCUCUGAGGAACCAGCUCAUUCACAGAGUCCCCAUGGGCUCAGUCAUCAAAUGCAUGGUGUACUACAAAGAGAACUUCUGGAGGAAGAAGGGAUACUGUGGCAGCAUGGUGAUUGAGGAGGAGGAAGCACCUAUUGGUCUCACUCUUGAUGACACUAAGCCUGAUGGGUCUGUGCCUGCUAUAAUGGGUUUCAUCCUGGCACGAAAAUCCAGGAAAUUAGCAGACCUGACGAAAGAGGAGAGAAAGAGAAAGAUCUGUGAGAUUUAUGCUCGUGUGCUUGGCACAGAAGAAGCGUUAAAUCCAGUGCACUAUGAGGAGAAAAACUGGUGUGAGGAGGAGUAUUCUGGUGGCUGCUACACUGCCUACUUCCCCCCUGGUAUCAUGACACAGUAUGGCAGGGUCCUGAGGGAGCCGGUGGGCAGGUUGUAUUUUGCAGGAACUGAAACGGCCACAGAGUGGAGCGGUUACAUGGAGGGGGCCGUGCAAGCUGGAGAGAGAGCCAGUAGAGAGAUUUUGUGUGCAAUGGGAAAACUCCAUUCAAGUCAGAUCUGGCAGUCAGAGCCUGAAUCAUUGGAUGUCCCGGCCCAGCCGUUUGUCACCACAUUCUGGGAAAGAAAUUUGCCAUCGGUUGGGGGACUCUUUAAAUUCAUGGGCAUGUCCUCCUUCCUGGCUCUGGCCACAGCAGCAGGAGUAGUUGCCUACAAGAAGGGGCUCCUCCCACAUAGCUAAAGCUCCUCCCACUUUCAAAACUUGUUCUCUGAGCUGGCCUUGUGAUUGUGGCGUUCAAUCACCUAAUCAUGGUCAUAACGCCGCCUGGGUAUGUGGCCGAAAUACUUAGAUGAGAUUUGACACAUAAUUGCUCAGUCAUUGUUAAAAAUUCACCAAGUGAUUAUGGCAUAAUUGUUAAUGUGGGAAUUGCCCUGUCAAAGAGUUCACAAACUAGCCACGUUAAAGGAACCGAACGUGUGACAUUCCACAACCAUUCAUUGCGUGCGUAUGUAUGUGUGUGUGUGUGUGUGUGUGUGUGUGUGUGUGUAUGUAUGUAUGUGUUUUUCACCAGUCUUGUUGAUUACCUCUGCUAAUUUCAGGUGCUGUUCUCAGGAACUUGUUAAUUAACCUUCCAAAAUAUUGAAGUAACAUUACAGAGAUCAGAUUAGCAUUUAGCAAUCCAUUUUAUUUUACUCUUUAUUAUAACAGAGACUUUGAGAAUAUCUUCUCUACAUCACAACACAACACAGAAGCUGUGUUAGCUUCAGCACAAUUCACUAUAUCAUUCAUGAGAGAAGCAGAGGCUGUUCAUAUCACAUUCAUUCUCGAUUCUCAACAUACAACGUUAAACGACAAUUAGUAUGUGUCUGGUAGUAUGACGAAGUGAAGUCUAUCAGUCAUAGAGAGCUGAUUUGAAGGUUGUCCCAGUGUUUUAUGUCAUUUCUAAAAGCUGCUGUGUGAUUGAAUCAUAUGAAAGCAUUUGAAUGUACUUUUACAUAGUCAAAUCUUUUCAUGUAGCAAACCAGUGUAUACUUGAAAUAUGAAUUUGUUUUUGACAUGCAUUUAUUUUCAACCAUCCAUUGUUUAACAGUCCUCUAAUACCAUAGUAUAUUAUUGUUAAUUUGUAGAGAAAUGUAAAACCCAGUUCAUCUAAAUGUUUUUUUCUUAUUUUCCCCAUCUACAAAUCUUGUGAUAGAUAGAUAGAUAGAUAGAUAGAUAGAUAGAUAGAUAGAUAGAUGCAAGUGAAAAAUGUCCCUCCCUCACCUUCGUAGCAGUAACCUGUGCAAUAUUAUUUACAGAACAAUUAUAACAUUAUGUAUGGUGAUUCAUUAAAGUUUCAUUCUAAGUUGACAUUCUUCUAACAUUCUAACACUCUUCAAUUAUUUAAUCAUUUCUAUCAAAUUAUAUAUUAUACAUACAUAUAUAUAUAUAUAUAUAUAUAUAUAUAUAUAUAUAUAAUUGCAAAUAAUUGAAAAGGAGGUUAUGCAGCCCCAGACAGAUUAGAAAAUAAAAUGUAUUAUGUGUGAUGCGUGUAAAUUUUGUUGUUCCAAAGAUGCAUUGUAACUGUUGUUUGUUGUGCCUUAAUCUGAUGUAGUAUUCCUCAUUUCUCAAGUGCCUCUGUGCUGAUGAGCUCCUCCAGUCUUGAACAUUGUCUCUGGGUCAGUCACUGGCUGCUUUUGCAAGAGUUAGAAACAGAAUUUUUGGUCAGAGAUUUGUGAAGGUCUUUGACUGAUAAAUCUGCAUUUAAGCACCACUCAAAAACCCACCACUCUACUCUUCAGCAUACAAUGGAAAGCUUUCAUAACUGCUUCCUGAAGAAGCCACUGAUGAUCCAGAAUCAGAGGCAAAGCCACUCCUGACUGUCGACGAUAAUGUUUGAUAAGAAAGCUUUCUAUCUGUGACCUACAUCUUGGUUAGAGUCUGGUCCACUGUGAACUUAGUAAUGAUGUGGUGACACUUUUGUCCUGACAUGUUGUAUUUGCUGUAACUCCUCCACCUGGUGUGCUAGUGAAUUGUGCCUCUGUGUGUGUGUGUGUGUGUAUGUGUGUGCUGCUAAUGCUUUUCCGAAACCACAUAACAUGGCCCUGUUUACCUGAUCUGUCGUCACCUGUUCCAGUUUGCAUAGCUGCCCUGCUACGAUCAGGCCUCUUUGUCUGAUUUUGUGUGCGCAUCACAAUGUCCAAUGGUCUAGUCUUGUAAUUGCAUUAUUUGAUCUCUUUGUACAAAUUCAACGACUAAGCUGAUAAUAAAAGUGUGUGAUUUACCACCAGA